GACGUAGCAGGAGCAUUUCCGGUCCGUGGGAUCCGCCACUCGCUGUUUGGAAGUGGCGUCGGCACUUCAUUCGGGAUUUUCCCGUACUUCUGCACUUCGUUCCCGAGUCUCAGCCUCAGGAUCGGCAACGUGCACCCCACGUUCCAUCUGUCUUCUGAGACUUUGCCCUUCUCCAGAGAGAGCAUUCAGGAGACCAGGAAAAUGGCCACGGGGCUCCUGAAAGCCAAAAAAGAGGCAUUCGUGGCAUUCAGGGAUGUGGCUGUGGACUUCACCCGAGAGGAAUGGAGUUUGCUGAGCCCUGCCCAGAGGACCCUGCACAGGGAAGUGAUGCUGGAGACCUACAACCACCUGGUCUCACUAGAAAUUCCAUUUUCCAAACCAAAACUCAUUUCUCAGCUGGAGCAAGGAGAAGAGCCCUGGAUUGAGGAGAAACGAUGUCCGCUGGUCCUCUGUCCAGGAUCAAAGCUAGAAAUUCAACCUUAUCCCCCCUGUCCGCUGGCAUUCUCUAGUCAGCGAGGCCUCAGCCAACAUGUGUGGCUCAGGCAUCUUCCUCAGCUCUUCUCAAGUUACUGUGCAGGAAAUCAUCUCCGUCCCGGGAAACCCUAUCCAGAAGAUCAGAAACAGCAGCAGAAACAACUCUUUGAUCAAGCCUGCUUGAGUGACAAAGCAGAUAUUCAAGAGACAGAAGACUCCAAGCCCUUGUUCAGGAGACUAAGCAGAAGAGGCACUUGGGAGGUGUUGUCCAGCUCACUGCAAGAACAGCCAGUCAGGUCCAGGGAAGACAACACAGUGCUGGAUAUAGGGCCCAGCCUAGGCCAGAGGACAGACCUUGAGGAAUCAGACAAAGGAUCGCGUGGUGUAGAAGUCUCAAGAUUUGGGGCAGUCAAAUGUGGGGAGUUUGGGCGAGGCUUUUUGAGGGAGUCAAACCUGCUCAGCCUCCAGAAGAUGCAUACAGGGGAGACACCUUACAUGUACACUGAGUGGGGACAGGGCUUUAGCAACAUGUCAAUCCUCAUCAAAAACCAGAAGAAACACUCUGGGGAAAAACCUUAUGUGUGCAAGGAGUGUGGACGAGGCUUUACCUGGAGGUCAAACCUCAUCACACACCAGAGGACACACUCAGGGGAGAAGCCUUAUGUGUGCGAGGAGUGUGGACGAGGCUUCACCUGGAAGUCAAACCUCAUCACACACCACAGGACACAUUCAGGGGAGAAACCUUAUGUGUGCGAGGAGUGUGGACGAGGCUUUACUUGGAAGUCAAACCUCUUCACACAUCAAAGGACACAUUCAGGGGUCAAGCCUUAUAUGUGCAAGGAAUGUGGGCAGAGUUUUAGCCUGAAGUCAAACCUUAUCACACACCAGAGGGCACACUCUGGGGAGAAGCCUUAUGUUUGCAAGGAAUGUGGGCGUGGCUUUCGCCAGCAUUCACAUCUCAUCAGACAUAAGAGGACACAUUCGGGAGAGAAGCCUUAUGUGUGCAGGGAGUGUGAGCAGUGCUUUACCCAGAAGUCACAUCUCAGUAGACACUUAAGGACACACACAGGAGAGAAGCCUUAUGCGUGCGCGGAAUGUGGGCGCCGUUUCAGUUGGAAAUCAAACCUCAAGACACACCAGAGGACGCACUCCGGGGUUAAACCUUAUGUGUGCCUGGAGUGUGGGCAGUGCUUUAGCCUGAAGUCAAACCUCAACAAACACCAGAGGUCACACACAGGGGAGAAGCCAUUUGUGUGCAGAGAAUGUGGGCGAGGCUUUACCCGGAAGUCAACCCUUAUCACACACCAGAGGACACACUCAGGGGAAAAGCCAUUUGCGUGCAGGGAGUGUGGACGAGGCUUCAACGAUAAGUCAACCCUCACCUCACACCAGAGAACACAUUCAGGGGAAAAGCCUUUUGUGUGCAGGGAGUGUGGUAGAAGGUUUAGCCAGAAGCCAAACCUCUUUAGGCACAGGAGGGCACACUCGGGUCAUAUGCCCUUUGUGUGCAAAGAGUGUGGGCAGGGCUUUUGUGAUAAGUUAACUCUCGUCACACACCAGAAGGCACACUCCGGGGGAAAGCCUCACGUGUGCAGGGAGUGUGGGCAAGGCUUUAGCCGGCAGUCACACCUUGUUAGACAUCAGAGGAUACAUUCAGGAGAGAAGCCUUACAUUUGUAGGAAGUGUGGGCGAGGCUUUAGUCGGAAAUCAAACCUCAUCAGACAUCAGAGGACACACUCAGGAUAGACACCUUGUGUGUACAGCGAGUGUAGUGAAAUCUUCAGUCAAGAGUCCUAUUUCACAAGAUGCCAGAAGUCACACCUGGUGGUUUUAGUAAGAAGUCAGCCAUUACCAGACACCAAAGUGGAGACAGCUACUUACGUGUGACAGGAAUGUUCACGAGCCCAAUGGGAAAAGUCAACCUCUCCAGUCCGCCUGAAGGAGAACUACUGGCUCAUUUUCAGGAGCUCUGGCUUCCCCUAGUGGGGAUGGUGGGUUGUGGAAGAUCAGGUAACUUGAUGGAGGGAGCACUUAGAAGGAGAUUGAAAUAAAGGAAUGGAGACUAUUCUACUGUCAUUCCCUGAGAAUAUUUAAACCCUCCUUACACAGUAGCCUGGAUGUUAGAGAUAACAGCAAUAAUGGAGUUCGCCCCUUAAAAUCUGUCCGACUUUCUGAGAACAAGGGACUUGACAGAGACCAUUGCUGAUUUAAUCUUGCUUUCCCAGAGCAGGACCCAGCAGCAGUCAGCUUCAGGGAAGUUUGCGAAAUGAUGAAUUCAUGGAGACAGAGGUAGUACGUGGGUAGAAGAAGGUUUUAUUAUGCAAAAGGGCUUACAAGUGAGGAAGACCAUGACUGUCCUAGCGCUAGGUUUUGGGAGGAAGUAUCCAUUUUUGCUUGCUUCCAGGGGCUGUCUCUGGUUUCCAGGUUGAAUCCAUACUGAAGAUAUUCUUAUUUACCGAUGUAUUUAGACUAGAAAUGUAUUAUAUGCUUUUAUGAAGAAAACUGGUAGUAAUUUUCGUGAAUUUGACUUUCAAACCAAAAGUUAGAAUAUUGAAAAACAACUGUCGCCAUGAACUUGACAGCUUUCCACUACUUAGUCUUUUGUGACAAGAUUGCUGAUGAUAUUAAUGAAUGUGAUUUUGUAAUACCAUAUAAUGAAAUACGUAAACAUUUCGAAGAUCUGCCUAACUCAUUGAACAAGUAUUUUCCUAAUGAUUAGUGUGUGAUGCUACAAAAUCAUCCAUGGUGAUAUUAAAGUAUAAGAUAGGCAAAUGGAUUUCAGUUUAAAAGAUAAAGGUACCUGGCUGGCUCAGUCAGUAGAGCAUGCAGCUCUUGAUCUUGGAGUUGUGAGUUCGAGCCCCACCUUUAGGGAUAGAGUUUACUUUAAAAAAGAAAGGAAAAACCAAAAACAAAAAAUUAAUACCAAUCUUUAAAAAAAAAAAGAGAUAAAGGCCAGAUUCCACAUUACAGUAACCUUUAAAAAAUUAUCACUUGUUGACUUUUGCUAUACUUUGGUAUAGUCAAAGAAUAAUAUUAACAAAUAUCUGAAAAGGUCAUUAAAAUACAUCUCCAUUUUUUAAAUUUGUACAUGUGAGGUCAUAUUAUUUAUCUCAGCAAAUUAAAUGCAAGAGCACAUAUAAAAUACUAGCUAUAUUAAGAUUAAAGAGAUUUUCAAAAAUACAGGAUAAUGCCACUCUUCUCACUGAUCUAUUUUUUUAAAAUUUCUUUGGUGGAAAAUAUUCAAACCCAAGUGAAAGUGAAGCACUUUACUUCUCAUUUAAAGUGCAUUGUUUUCUAGAUGUUUAUGGUUUUGGGGUACCUGGCUGGCUCAGUCGGUGGAGCAUGUGAUUCUUGAUCUCAGGGUUGUGAGUUCAAACCCCACACUGGGUGUAGAGAUUACUUAAAAAUAAAAGUCUUAAAAAAAACAAACAAACAGGUUUCGGGUUGCCUGGCUGGCUCAGUUGGUGGAGCAUGCGACUCUUGAUCUCAGGGUCAUGAGUUCAAGUCCUGUGUUGGGUGUGGAGCUUAACAACAAAACGUUUAGAUGUUUAUGGUCUAUAUAUUACAGCAAAAAAUACUUCGCACACACUUAAACACCAAAAAAAAAGUUACCUGACAUACUAUUAUACUUAAUAUAAUUUAAACUAGGCAUGGGGCACCUGGCUGGCUCAGCUGGUGGAGCAUGAGAAUAUUCAUCUCUGCGUCAUGAUUUCGUCCCCAUGUUGGGUGUAGAGAUUACUAAAAAAAAUAAUAAACUUAAAAAAAAUUAAACUAGGCAUAGAAGAAAAUUACCAAAUAACACAAAUGCAAAGGAAAUGCUUGUUAACACCCACUGGCAGAUGUAAACCUACAAUUGAAGUAUGCUGCUCUAUCUAGACAAAACACACAAAUCUUGGGGAAUACUCAUUGCUAGAACUAAAUUAUAUAAUUACUUAAUCUCUGUGCCUGUCGCUAUGUCUCUUCCUGAAUAUUCUUGCCAAUUUUUCUAUUUUUUAUUAAAAUCUAUUCUUUUAAUCUUCAAUGUGUUUUUAACUUAUAUUUUGUUAAUUUUUGUUAAUAUUUACUAAUAUCUUGAAGCUAGUUUUUAUUAAUUGCUUUUUGAAGCUUAUUUAAUCAUACUUCAGGUUUUUUUUUUUACCUUUUCCUUUUUAUUUUCUUCUGAAAGUCAAAUCAGUUAUAAUUUUUAUCUUUAUUUUCUCUUUUAGCCAAGAAUUACUAUUUCUACAAAUGGCUAGAUGGAUGUAUUCAUUUUUACACUCUCCUAGUAUUUAGUUUUUUUUAAUUUUAUAGCAUUAUAGUCAAUAUAUUUUUGUAGUUUCUUCCAUUUUAUUUUAUUAAAAAAUGUUAAUGUAUUUAUUUAAAUUCAAGUUAGUUAACAUACGAUGUAGUAUUGGCUUCAGGAGUAGAACCCAGUGAUUCAUCACUUCAUGUGACACCUAGUGCUCAUCCCUACAAAUGCCCUCCUUAAUGCCCAUCGCCCAUUUAGCCCAUCCUCAACCCACCUCCCCUCCAGCAACCCUGUUUGUUCUCUGUAUUUAAAAGUCUCUUAUGGUUUGCCUCCCUCUCUGUUUUUGUCUUAUUUUUCCUUCCCUUCUCCUAUGUUUAUUUGUUUGGUUUCUUAAAUUCCACAUGAGUGAAAUCAUAUGGUAUUUGUUUUUCUCUGACUUAUUUUGCUUAGCAUAAUACACUCUAGUUCCAUCCACAUUGUUGCAAAUGGCAAGAUUCCAUUCUUUUUGAUCGCCAAGUAGUAUUCCAUUGUAUGUAUGUAUGUAUCUUCUCUAUGCAUUCAUCUGUGGAUGGACAUUUGGGCUCUUUCCAUACUUUGGCUAUUGUGGAUAGUGCUGCUUUAUAAACAUUGGGGUACGUGUGUCCCUUCAAAUCAGCGUUUUUGAUUCCUUUGGAUAAAUACCUGAUAGUGCAAUUGCUGGGUCAUAGGGUAGUUCUAUUUUUAAUUUUUUGAGGAACCUCCAUGCUGUUUUCCAGAGUGGACUUCCAGUUUAAUUCAUAAAGUUUAGUUUUGAAUCUAAUCAAGCUCUGAAUUUUCAUGUAUAUCUUUUUUUUUUUUUUUUUUUUUAGUUUAUUUAUUUUGAGAGAGAAUAGGGGAGGGUCAGAGAGACAGUGAGAGAGAGAAUCCCAAGCAGACUCCACACUGUCAUUGCAGAGCCCAAUAUAGGGCUUGAGCUCACAAAAUGAGAUCAUGACCUGAGCUGAAACUGAGAGUCAGAUGCUUAACUGACUGAGCCACCCAGGCACCCCAGUUUUCAUGAGUAUCUUAAAAAGCAAGUAUGUAACAUGAGUAUGUGUAUUUUAACAAUAUUAUACCAAAAUUAACACAAAAGGUUAUAAAUGUUGAUGUUUUUCUAUAUCGUUACCUUAUUCUCCUGUUGUUUUGUAUUAAUUUCAUAUUUAUUUCUAUGUUAACAUGUGAAAUUAGAUUUGUAAUGUAAAUAUAGAUACAAGUAAUAUUAACAGAAUAAGCACCAUUGUACUCACCCCAGAAGAAGUAGUAAGCCUUAAUUAUUUUUAAAAACUUAGCACUUCCAUUUCUGUAAGUGAAAUAGUAAAUAAAUUUAUGAUCAUGUUAAGA